UUAAGAAAGACCAUGGUUCGUGCGCAUCGGCAAGCAUGGACAUGGCAAGACGAGUGGUAUGGCCUGACGAUCGAAGACAUUCGCAAGUUAGAACAUGAAGCAGCCCGUGAGCUAUCCAAGCGUUUCGCUAAUGACUCAACUAACGAUGACAAUCCAUCUUCAGAUGUCGGAGGUCGGGAACUAACCGAAAAAGUCGACACCUGGGACACUACACAGUCAGAGAUAACUCCGAGAAUUCCCGAUGACACCCUUCAGGUAACAAGUACUAUCACUCCCACCUCUCAUUUAAGUAUUUGA